AUGGCUGAGCCGCGGUCCGCCCACACUUCGGAGGAGAUCGUGGACACCGAGGAGCGCAAAGAAUCCGAGUCCAAGAGCCCCCAGCAGAAGAUGCCGAAGCAGAAGGCGCCGAAGCAGAAGGCGCCGAAGCAAAAGACGCCGAAGCAGAAGACACCCGUGCGCCGCCAACGCCACCGCCGCCGCCCAGCAGACGACUUCGCCAGUUUCGCCACUUACUUCCGCAGGGUGCUGAAGCGGGUGCACACAGGCCUGAGCCUCUCGCAGGAGGCCGUGAGCGUCAUGGAUUCGUUCGUUAAGGACAUCUUCGAGCGCAUCGCCAGCGAGGCCGCGCGCCUGGCCCGCUCUAACAAGAGCCUCACCAUCACCUCCAGGGAGAUCCAUACAUCAGUGUGCCUGCUGCUGCCCGGGGAGAUCGGCGAGUACGCCAUAUCCGAGGGCACCAAGGCUGUCAUCAGGUACACCAUGUGCGAAUGA